UUUGUGUUGUGUGAAUAUUCAACAAAACUUUGGAAAAGUCUAUUGUAAAAUGACAAAAGGACAAGAAGAUAAAAAGGACGCAGCCAAGGUUUUAGAUUUCGAUCACCUUACUUUAUGGGUUGCCAAUGCUAAAACGGCUUCAAGUUAUUUUGUAAGUCGAUUCGGAUUUAAACCACUUGCUAGAAGAGAUGCGAAUGAAAAAAAUCCAGUACAAGGCUAUGCGGUUAAUCUUAAUAAGAUAACCAUAAUUUUCGAGUCUCCAACCACUUCUGAAGGCCUGAUUUCUAAAGAACUAACAGCUCACGGCGAUUUCGUCAAGGACGUCGCAUUUGCCGUCAACGACCUUGAUGAAUUGGUCCGAAAAGCAAAACUAGAGGGCGCUGAAAUCAUCAAGGGUAUUACAGAAGAGACAGACAAAGAUGGAACUCUUAGAUACGCUGUUCUGAAGACUUACGGCGACAAUACUCACACGCUGAUAGACCGAGCAAACUAUAACGGCCUUCUACUACCAGGAUACGAGCCAACAGAGAGUGACCCUCUCGUCAAACUUCUUCCAGACACAUAUCUACAAUUCAUAGACCAUGUAGAAGGUAAUCUCACUGAUGGUACCUUAGAAAGCACAACAACAUGGUACGAAAAGAAUUUGAACAUGCAAAAAUUUUGGUGCGUCGAUUACAAACACGAUUUAGUACCAUAUUCCUGCAUUAACUCCGCAUCCGUGAUCAGUCAAGAUGAAAAAGUUUUGUUAUCAUUCAACGAAGCGGCUAAAGGGUUAAAGCAAAGUAGCAAAGCUACCGAUUUCGUUAAAGCAUUGGGUACAUCUGGUGUUGAACAUAUUGCUUUAAACACAGACGACAUAAUUGCAACCAUACGUAGCUUAAAAUCUCGUGGCGCUGAAAUACUAUCCUGGCCACCAACAUACUAUGAUUUAAUAAAAGAAAAAUUAAAAGAUAGUACUGUAAACGUAUUAGAAAGCAUAGAAAUGCUUAAAGAAAAUAACAUUCUUAUUGAUUUCGAUGACCGUGGUUACAUGCUUCAAGCGUUUACCAAACACGUUCAAGCUCGUCCUACGCUGUUUCUUGAAAUUAUACAAAGAAGAAAUCAUAGAGGUUUCGGUGCUAUGAACUACAAAUGGGUAUUUGAAGCGAUUGAACGUAUAGCUUCCACAGAUAAAGAUAAUUAAUUUAAAAUGUAUAAUUCACAAAUACAUCUUUAUAUAUAUAAUUCUUCUGUGAGUGUGUAUGUCACUGAACUUCUCUCAAACGACUGGACCGAUUUUGAUGAAAUUUUUUGUGUGUGUUCAAGGGGAUCU